GUGUGUUUUCACGCUGGGAAGAAGGUGAAGUUUGUGCCAGCUCAGUGACUUGGAGAGGGGAUCAUUCCAAAAUGCUGAGCCCCGGAGCAUUUCUGCUGCAGGUUUGUUUGAGUCUGGUAUUUUCCAGUGGCUCCUGCACCUGCAAACCUCUCAACAACGAUAUUGAAAGCUAUGACCCUGAGGAAUUCUACUCUCAGCUGUCAGAGGAGGACCUUCUGGAGGAGGAAGAUACAGACUUGAGGAUGGAGAACCUCCUUGGAACCAUGAAGGAAGGCUUUUUGAGGAAACUCAACCUGUCAGAUGUUCCACAGGAGAACAGCAAGAUCUACCCUCCUCAGUUUAUGCUAGAACUUUACAACAAGUAUGCCACGGACAGCUCGACCAUCCCUCAGUCUGAUGUGAUACGAAGUUUUACUGUACAAGACAUCAAACUCUCUAUGACAAAUGGUACAAAGUCAAAACACAGGCUGCAGUUUAACGUCACCGUCCCCAGUCAUGAGAAGAUCACUACAGCAGAACUGCAGAUCUUCUUCUUCCCAGACGCUGCAUCCACGACAUCCUACCACAGCUUCCACACCAUCGUCAAAGUCUAUGAAGUGGAUCGAAACGAUUUGACAUCCACACCCCAACUACUGGUCGGCAGAGAGGUGACCAGCUCUCAGAGUAUGUGGAUGAGGUUUGAUGUGACCUCAGCGAUUCAGAGGUGGAUCAAAUCAGGCAGUGCUGCAACAGUUUUUGAUGUUGUGGUUGACAAAAGGGACUGUGGGGCUUCUCUCAGUGCAAAGGCGGCAGCAGGUUGUUUUAAUAUGAGCAUGUCCGUUGGAGAUAACACCUCAACUGCUUUGAUCGUCUUCUCAGAUGAUCUGGAUAGCAGAAAUAGGGAGAACAAGAAAGAGUUAAGAGAGAUGAUCCACCAUGAAGAAGAAACCUUCUUACACUCAGGAGCGGACUGGAACAGAGGAGACGAACUGCCAAACCAAAUCCUGGAAGCCCAACAACAUCCACGGAGAACCAAAAGAAAGGCAGAGAGCGAGUACUGCCGGCGAACCUCACUCAAGGUCAACUUUAAGGACAUUGGCUGGGACAGCUGGAUUGUGGCACCACCGGAAUAUGACGCCUUCGAAUGCCGAGGCCUCUGUUACCACCCGCUGACGGACGAAUCAACCCCGUCCAAACACGCCCUCAUCCAGACCCUGAUCAACAUCAGGGACCCCAAGAAGGCCAACAUGGCAUGCUGUGUCCCCAUAAAACUGGACCCCAUCACAGUCAUGUAUCAGGAGAACGGACGGCUCACUAUAAGAUACUUGUAUGAGGAGAUGAAGGUGGCAGAGUGUGGCUGCAGGUAGUUGGAGAGGUUUAGUUUGCUAUGGUGGAAGUACAGGUGGUGAUUAAAUGACCAUCGCCCCCUACUGGUCCACUAAAAGGAAAGAUGACCAGGAAAAAAACUUGAGACCUCCUAUUCUCAUUUUUCUCCACAUUCAACAGUAUAUGUUGUGAGAUAUUAUUUUACACUCACUCAUUCAUGGACAUUUGGAGAGUCAUGCAGAGUUAACCGUGCCUGGUCCAGAAUAAGGGUGCUACACUGAAAUUAAAUAUAUGCAUAUACAGUUGUUUGUUUUUACAUUGUUUCUAUGUGAUAAUGCUGUAUAGCAGUGAUUCCCAAACACUGGAUCAUGCCCACAGACGGGACGCAGGAAGUUUGACUUGGGUCUCCAAACAAAUUUGUAGAAUCUUUUUAUGUGAAUAUGUUUGAAAUAACAUAAAGUUGUUAUUUACUCACAAAUCAAUCAAAAAAAAAAAGUAUUACAAAAAUAUAUUUUCCACAAAUUUGUCAUGAUUUGUUUUGUGUCAUGAUAGUUUGCCAUCCCUGAAAAUUGGGUCCCCAUAUAGACAGUUUGGGAAACACUGUUUUAUAGUAUUUGCCUUUUCCCUAAAUUUAAGUUUGCAAGAUGCAGCAGAAGAACACAUAUAUAUAUAUAUAAGCAUGUGCUGCAUUGCGUUUGCAGCACUGCAAAGGAAACGGGCAUUUUUGCAUUGUAUAUUUAAUACACGUAUGUACAUACAGUACAAAUCUUACUCUAUCUUGGUCUGUUUCACCUUUAAACCUAAUAAAAUAUUAUUUUAGUAAAUACUGUAAAACUAAAUUAAUUUAGUGUGG